UAUUGCUUUGUAUGUGAUACCACUGCAUCAUUAAGGUGCUGAAAAUUUGAGUGUGACUGGAAUUGUAAAUGAGACAGAAUAAGUUCUUAACUUCUGUGAAUUUAGUUCGCUGAAAUAAGAAACAACCAUUUUUGACGUUUUAUUUUCGCAAUAUUAUGACAUACGACUUUAUUUUCAGAAAAUAUGACUUUACCACUUUUACUGUAAUGAUAAUGAUACUAACUGUAUUUUUAUAGCACUUCUAAAAACAGAAGUUUACAAAGUGCUUUGCAAACAGCUGUAAAGCAUCAGCACAUGGAAAUAAAAACAAAUAAAAAACAAAAGCUCAGUCAAAAACAAGGCCUCCGAACUGAAGGCCAAUUUCAUUUGUCAUAAGAAACCCAGACAAUACAAGAACCCUACAUCAUAAAAUCAGAGCAUUAGGACCAAAAUAAAAACAUAAAAUCGGUAAAAAGAAGAAAUGUAAUAAAAAAGGGAGGGGGGAGAAAGCAGGAAACAGGAUAUUAUAUAUAAAAAGACGAUAUUUAUAAUAAGGUCAAUGAUAAAUAAUAAAAUAGUGACUGUAAACUUGUAACAUAACGACUUUUUUCUGGAAAUCUUAAUAUCUUUUUCAGCAUGUGGCCUUGCUACCAGUGGCGGUCUUACUAUUAGGCAACACUAGGCAGUUAACUAGGGCCCCGAGUUUCUGGGGGCCCCCAAAAACUCCUACACUUAUGGUUAAUUGAGGUUUUACUUUUUUGUCCACAUUUAUGUUUUUGAUCCAAAUCCAUUCACUCAAAUGUCAGCAGAAUGCUUAUCAUCAGUCGCCAUUACAUUGGAUUAGUCCAUCUUACUGCGUCUGUGCAGAAAGGAGUCAGGAAGACAGCAGCAAAACAUACAAAAACAAAUUGCUUUAAUGUGCGUAAUCAUUCCCUGAUGUUUAAGGUUGAGCUAAUUUUAAACACAUUUAUCUACUGUUGGGCAGUUUAAGCAACUAUCAUAUUUUUGUAGCAUCACUAUCUCGCAUCACAUCUCUCCUGUCAGAUUUAGAGACUUAAAGACAGUUCAGUUAUUUUUCAUAAUACAGAUUUUUUUUUUGUUUCCCUGAAAAAAAAAGGGCAAAUAAAUAACAAAAAACAAAACAAAAUGGGAAACAAACAAACAUCAGCUAUCAGCCAAAUUGUUAUUUCAAACAUCGGUAUCAGCCCAGAAUUUCACAGCUCCCUAGAUUAGAGUGGAGGAUGCAGAGGGCCCAUGCCUGCCUUUGCCUGGGGCCCCUAAAUUCCUAAGUCCGCCCUUGCUUACUGCUCCGUCUCAGUCUUUUUUUUAUCAUAGACUGUGCAUGGCUGAGGACUUCGUCAACGGUUUUUCUCAUAGGUUUUUCUGAAAUACACCAUUUCCCGUAGGGCUUUGCGCCACACGGAAGUAAUGUGAAAGGUCGAUGCCGUAAAGCGUUUCGUUCGUUUGUUUUCCCAGGUACUUGAGUAUCAAUAGUGAAAAGUCUUUUGUAUUAAUCAUAUUUGCUGUAUGCUCCUUGUAUAAAAUAUCGUUACAUUCAUACUGCAGUCUGUAGGCCUAAAACUAGCGCUAGCUUUCGUUCAGUUGUGCUCAAAACGUUGAGUAUUAUUAUUAAUUUUACGGUUGGCAUUAGCCACCUCUACUCGCUGUCCCUUUAAUUGGAGGCUUGUUUACAUUUAGUCACGUUUGCUAGUUAACUAGUUUAACCACUGGAGGUUUUGUUUGGGAAGCGUUCUCUCCUCUGUGUGUCAGGAUGCUGCUCGUUGUCCUGGUAUGCAGCCUGGCACUGUCAGUUUCUGGACAACAUGUGGAGGACGACUGGAUAGAUCCGUAUGACAUGCUGAACUACGAUGCGAGCACCAAGACGAUGAGGAAACCUGCAGAGGUUGGCUGGUGUUGUGCUUCAAGUGAUUUUCCAAACUUUAAAUGUGUUGAAGCCAUGUUAGAUAUGUUUUGUGUUGGUAAUAUGUACAUGCAAUUCUUCCAGCCAACGAACUACCCCAAUGUGCCAACCAAAAGAAGACCGUAUGAUCAGGACUCCAACCAUAAUGAGCAGAUGCAGUGUGACACACAAGUGAAGGAUCUUCAGAGACAGGUUGGUGGUUUUAGGGUUUAUGCAUUUACUGGAAUAGCUUCUGAGGGCAAUAGUGACAGAAAUAGUGUGUGUAAAACUGCACACAAGUACUCAGUGUAUCCAGUAAAUAUCUAUAGGGGAGAGUGGGGUAAGUUGAGCCACCCCCUGUUGCUUGGAAUUGUUAAAAGAAAUUGAUCAUGUGACCAAAUAUUUAGGAGAUGGGCAUCAAUUCAUGGAGUCUUACCCCACACACGGGGUAAGUUGAUCAUAGGAGAUCACUUUUUUUGGCAUGCUAUAUCAUCAACAUAGUUAUUUUUACACUCAUUUGGUUUGCAGGGAUGAACAACAUCUUGAAAUAUAUGCAAAUACACUAUUUAGAGUCAAAACUAUGAUUGCCUUGAUGUAGUGACCAGAAAUAUGAAAAAUGGCUCAUCUUACCCCACUCUCCCCUUUUUACCUAUCAACAAAAACUUAUACAGUGUCCGAAAAGUCUGAGCUUUUUGUGAAGAAAUGUGUGUCAGAUAAUACUUCCUUAACACACAACAAUUAUCAAACUAAAAUUACAUCCAAAACUGUCUAACUGUAAAAUGAUGGAUAAAGCAAACAUAUCUUCAUGCUGUCAGUUUUUGAAUCACAAAUGCUGUACUUUCCUUUUGUUCAGAUUGUACAGCUACAGAAGAAAAUCUCAGAGCAACCCACAUGCAACCCAGUGUUCAAGCGAUUCCUUAACAGGCUCCUUAAGGAAAUACAAAGAGUUGGUGUGGUAGGUCGUUAUCUUUCACUUCUCCCACUCUGUGAUUAUUUUAUGCCCUACAAAGUCAUCAGUUUUAAGUUUGGCAUUAUAAAAUGUUUGAUGCUUGAUGUAACCAUGGCAAUGAAAAAACACACGUGCAAUUAGCAGAAUACAUCUCAAAAUGGAACCUUCAAUAGGGUCUCAAAACACAUCUUUUUUUCUCUCCAGCCCACUGACUCUGAGGAAACCUUUUAUGAUGCCAAAAUCAAACUAUCCUCACAAGCCCUGACAGAAAUUCUGAGUCUUCUGGAGGGUGAGGACGGUCUGAAGACAGGAGCUUUGGACAAUGCCAUAAGUCAGAUACUGGUGGAUCUCAGACCACAUGACUACGAGGCUUGGAAGUGGCGCUUUGAGGACACCUUUGGUGUGGACCUGGACACACUUUUAAAAGUAAGCUCAUUUAAGUGGUGAAAAAAUUAAUAACAUUGCAAGAGAGCGCAAAAAAAGUGAAAUAUUCCCCAAAAUCUGGUGAUAGAUAGAGGACAAACAAUUACCACUGAUCACAUAUCUCUGUUAAUGUUAUUUACCAGUUUUAAACAAGGAAUGCAGAUUUAUCUUUGGAUUACAUGACCUCUCAGUCUUAACCUACAUAAUAAGUUCACAAAUGCUAUUAGAAGUCCUUAAAGUAGAAACACUUUUUCACAGACUGAGAGCCAACAAAUCUCCAGAUAUCCGCUGUGUGACCAAAAAGAAACAAUAUUAAAUAAAAUCGUCACCCUCUGAUUCCUUUUACUGUCUCUUCGAGGACAAAAACUGUCAGCAGCGACAAUAAAGUUGCAUCACAGUACAAAUAAAGGUUGCCUGUUUCUGUGUACAUUUUCAAAUAAUUCUGUUGUAUGUUUUUUUGUUAAAAUCUUGUUCAACCAGUGAGUUUGUAAAUGGUUGUCUCUGUUUGUGUUGCAGAUUGGCCUGUUCUUUCUGGUCUUAAUUGGCAUCAUUUGCACUCAGCUGUGGUCUACGGUGUCCAGGUUUAUGCAGUUCCGCAGGUUGCUCGCUUUCGGCUUUUUCAUCAGUAUUCCCUGGAAUUGGUUGUACUUGUACAAGGUGAAAUAGCAUUUCUAGUCUGCUUGAAUUUGUUUGCAGUUCUGUCCUUAAAUGGAGGUCAAAUUUGUAAUGUAUAUUUUUCUUUCAGAUUGAAUUUGCCAAGCAUCAAAACAACUUAGUAAAGGCAAACACCGACUAUGAAAAAUGCACUGGGAUGAAGAGUUUUAGCUGGGGUGAUAGCUUAAAAGGUAAGUCGUGAAGAUAUUGUAUGAUAGUGUUUUUAUAAGUUUGUUUUAAGACCUUUAAAAAUUUUCAACUAGAGAAGCAGAUCAUUUUUCUUAGCUUCUGACAGAAUAAUUAGAUUUGGGAUUACUGGAGGCCAGUAUAAAGUCAGACAUUGGGCAACUUUUAAAUUCAUACAGUGAACUUUUUUUGCAGACUGUUACACUUCAUUAGUCACUCUCUUUUAGGUGUAAUUAAUUAGGAAAUUAUCUAACACCUCAGCUGCAAAACUUUGCCUAGUUUACUGUCACUCCUCAGAUUCUGGUGUUUUUCAUUUGGGUGCAGCAAUUACUGAACAUUUGAAGAAAAACUGUUGACAUCCAUCUAGAAAAGGUGAUUUUUGAGCAACCCAUUCUGACUCUGUAUACUUUCCUGCAGAGUGGUACAGAAGCACCCUAACCCUCCAGGAUGACCCUUGCGAGAAAUACUAUAAAGACUCGAUGAUUGACCCCCUAAUGCUGGUACCCCCAAGCAAGGUGGGCUACCAUGAUGCUAUUUAUGUGUUUAGAGUGCAAGCACAUUUUUCUUACUAAAGUUACAAAAUGCUUCAUGCACAGCUUUAUACAUAAAAUAUUAGCUUUGUUCAUCUUUAACCUCAACAAUGCUCUGUGUUUAGGUAAUUAUAUAUACCUUAACAACUUUCUUUACUGAGCCACUGAAGCAUGUUGGAGAGGGCAUCAGUGAAUUUCUUCGAGCCCUCCUCAAAGACCUUCCAAUCACCCUGCAGCUCCCAGUUCUCCUGACCAUUGUGCUUUCUAUUGUGGUGAGUUCUUUCAUAAAUAAUGAUCAACUGUGCCUUAUAAAAACAAAGACCUUAUUUUAAUUGAAAUGUAUUUAUUUAUCCCUGUUGCAGGUGGUCAUGUAUGUUAGUGUGAAUGCAUCCUUCCAGCAUGGCAUCCUCGCCCCUUUUCGCCGCCAUCGAAGGGAUCAACCUCCUCCUCAGCUCAGACCACAGCAUCACACCCCGGAGAUUGAGGACAGGGACCACUUAGCUGGAGGAGACAUACCCCAGCCAGCGCUGAGACACCGAGAAGAAGACCCCAGAUUACACAGGAACCGGGUUCAUAACAGGAGGCCCAAUAGACCCAGGGAGCAGCGAGCCAAGGUGUUUGUGGAGACUCUACACACUGCAAGGCCUACCGACAGUGAGGAUGAGACCGACGCUGGGCUGUGUGAGGAAGAGCAAAAUCUCUCUACUAAUUCAGAUUCUGAAACCCCGCCGGAGAUAGAGAAGGGGCUAGCAGAAGCAAGCGCCAUUUCGGUUUCUGCUAACAAAACCGAAUCUGACACUAAACCCACUGAAUCAAAAUCAGCUGAGUCCAAAAAUAAACCUUUGAAAGUCCUUAAAAAUCAACCUCAUGUUGACUCCAGCAGAGACAGUGCAGCAUCUAUACCUCAGCCAGAGAAGACGAGACCCUCAGAAACUGAUGUUCAGGUGAGUUGUAUCGCGAAUACCUGAAAUCUAAAUAAAACUUAUCUAGCUCAUAUCAAUAUCAUCAAUAUAUCAUACAAAAAAUACCAUUUUAAGUGCUAGAAAAGCCUUUAAAGCCUCUUGUUUGUUAUAUUUUGAUGCUUCAGCAUUGCUCAUGCGCUAAAGGGAUGAUGAAUAUUCGCAUGCAACAUCACUUGCUUGGUAAAUAACUAUAGUCAUACAUUUUGUGACACGUGCUAAUCUGUGUUAGAUUUUCCCUGUUUUGACUACCGCUGCUUGUUUUGUGUGUGUAAAUGUAUUCAGCUAGUGUCCCGCGCAUAGAUAGCUCAAAAUGAAUGCCAUAAACAAAUACUGUCUAUAAUUGUAAAAAUAUAGGCUAAGUGUUAUGCUGAAGUGGGAACUUGAUCUGCCAUCACUACAGCUCGGUACUUGUACGUUGAAGCCCUUAUUGUAGCACUAUUGGGGUCCCAGUGUAUUUUUAUGUAUUGCAUGCUCAACUCUGCAUGGCAGAGCAGGAGCACCACUUACACACAUAAUCAGAAAUAGGUAUAAAUAUCCCAUUCUGUAAUGGUAGUUUGUAAAAGCCUGUUGCACUGCUUGUUAAGUUUUGCCAAUAUGUAAAAAAAAACUACCAGAUUGCACAAGACUCACAAUGAAUCUACACUAAAUGCCACAAAUACAAACACUAUGAUUAAUCAUAUCUCACCAUCUGCUUCACCACAAUGAACAAUGGACUCUCCACAAGUUAAAAAUUAGUGUUUGUAUGUUUCACAAUCACCUUUAAUUACUUUGUUUUUAAAUGUUAAUUGUAGUUUUUAAGGUUUAAAGAUUUUUAAGGUUGCAAUUUUGUAUUUGUUGCAGACAAUGUUAAGGUAAAUAUGAAGGAUGCAUCUGUCUAUCUGUCCAUUUGUUUACUUACCUACUUAUUUAUCUGUAUGCCAAAGCAAGAAAUUAAUUUCCACUGCAUAAGUAAAUGAGUCAUUUAAACUCAUACAUUCCUUUGCAAUUUAAAGCUUCUAGCAAAACAUCAGUAACGCAACUAAAAGUCAGAACAAUUUAACACAUUGUGUAUUUGAUAUCGUCAGAUUGUAUGCAUUUUUAAUGUAAACCUUUUUGCUGCAGGACCAGCGAGCUGCAGAAGACAAGACCCCCUCUGUCACACCGGCACAUGUGGAAACUGUUGGAGUUCCUGUUCAGAAGUUGGCUGCAGUAUCAGCAGAGUAGCCAUCAGUCAGAGUGUAAUGAAUAGUCUGAUCAUGUUUGGUGCUUUUUGAUAGACUGUGGAGGAGACGAAGGGAACAUAAUGUCUCAACUGACCUACGGACAUUGCUUAUAUGUACAUCUUGAGAAAACUGUGGGGUUAGUGUUUUCAUCCAAUCUCAUCUUGCAGAUGUGGCAAAGUCCAGCAGAGCCUCCAGCUGAUCCUUUUUUUCUGCUUGUCAUUUUUGUAUGUUUUUGUUUCAACCACACAUCCUCAGUUACAACAAUUGCAACAGGUUUUAUGACCUGCACAGGUAUAAGAAAUGAUGGACACUGACUUUUUUGAAUCAUGGUCUUAUUUGAUGUGUGUUGAGAGCUGUCUAAUUAUUUAAUUGGACAUAUUUUUUUAAAUUUACAGUUGUAAUAAAGACAGAAUUUAUAAUAUAAAAGGGAAAAGCGAUUCUUUAAUGUUUAUGCACAAUAUGCUAUUGUUGUGGCUAUUUGUUUAAAAUAAAUAAAUAAAAUGCCAUUAUGCUGAGCAACAGCAAAACUACCUUUUAAGACAGAAGGUUUUAGCUGUUAUAGAUGAUGACCAAUUGCAAAAAUGUUGUGGGAUCAAGGUAUUAAUAUCUUAAACUGUGAUCUGGGGAAGUAAAUAAUGUUUUGUUUCCACCCUGGCAGAGUAUUGGGUAUGCAUCUGUGCUAGAAAGUGUCCAUGGAGUUGUUGCACUUGCAUAUCAGACAUAUACGCUGAUGAUGAAUUUCUGAACUCAAGCUCAGACUGUCUGUAAAAUGCAGUUUUAUAAUUGUAGGCAAAAGAAUAAGGAGACAAAAUUUCAGCCAUUGCUUGUUGGUUAAGGAUUGAAUUGUUUAGGAUUAUCUUGUUACCUAAAAAGAAAUUAUUUUAUCACCAAAUGCAGUAUACCUGAAACAAACAGUGAAGGUGGAAAAUAUCACAUAUUUCCCUUAAAAAAGGUUUUCUCUAAGAAAAAGGCCAAAAAAGGAGGCAUGAAAUUGAAAAUAAAUUGAAAUUGUCUCCUAAUUCAUAACUUGGUUAUAAAUUAAGUACACAGAUAGAGAUGAAAUCAGUUUGAAGUUAAUGACAAGCCCUUUGCAUCCCUCCCAGAUGUUCCUCCUGUCAUCACCUUUAAUGUGUUUGGGUCUUUUAUAAUUCUGUUUACUCUAUCUAUACUGUUAAUGUGGUUUUUCAUUGUUUAUAUUAAAAACUAGAUAGUAAAAAUUAGA